AUGGCCUUUAAGUUACCGGGCGACUUCAAGUUCCUGGAGCAAGCCACGUUCGAUGGGUCGGGCGAUCCGCGAGAACAUCUACUGAGUUACCAAGCUAAGAUGCAAGUCUUAGGAGUACGGGAUCCGGUCAUGUGCCGUGCCUUCUUACCCACGCUGAAGGGGUCCGCCCAAAGGUGGCUUGUAGGACAGCCCCCAAGGUCGAUUCACAGCCUCAAGGAGUUGGCAGACCGCUUCAUGAGCCACUAUGCCGCUAACAUCAAGCCACAGAAGGAUCUGACACACUUAGGCGACAUCCAUCAGGAUGAGGGCGAGUCCUUAAAAGCCUAUCUAGCUCGCUGGCAAAAGGAGAUCCAGUCGAUAGAAGAAGUGGAGGACCAAACAGCGCUCACCUUCUUCAUUGAAUCUUUGCGGUCUGGACAGCUGUAUCGAGACCUAAGGGACAACCGCCCGGCGACAUACGCGGAAGCUAUCCAGAUGGCCAACAAGAGGGCCAACACAGAGCAGGCUAUGAAGCAUAAACGGCAGCGCGAGGUCGGUGGGUCCGCCAGCGGAAAAAGGACGCGGGCCGAGACGAGAAAAAGGCGCUCGGAUGUAGCCCGGCGACCCGAGGUCAGGCGACCGUAUGACCGCCCCGUCGUUCACACCUAUCGACCGGUUCCAGAGCGACCGGUCCACGAAGUACAAGCGGUCGCCCCGCCUCCGCCUCCGCCGAUUGACGACCGUGCAGCGGAUGAGGAUACUGGUAAGACUUCUAAAUAUUGUCGCUAUCACAAAUCUUAUACUCACAGCACGGAAGAAUGCUUCUAUCUAAAGAAGAUCAUGGAGGGGAUCAUCCAGCAAGGGACACCGCCCCCUAACCAAUGGAAGCGAAGGUCGACCAGUCGAGGAGACGAGGGGCUUUCCGCCGACGCAGAAAACAGCCGAGGCAAGCAGCCGGCCUCUGAGGAGGACGAAGCCCAAUGGCGCCAGAAACCAGUCAUUAACAUGAUAGUUGGUGGGCCAGAGGGCGGCGAUUCUGCGAACACCCGAAAAGCCUGGGCUCGGCAACUAUAUGUCGGAACAGUCUAUGGCCGAGAGGAGAGCUCCAAAAAGAUAUGCCGGGAGCCCAUCAUGUUCACCGAUAAGGACCUGCCAGCCGGGGAAACCCCGCAUCGAGACGCGUUGGUCAUCGCCAUGGACAUCAACGGUGUGGUCGUUCGCCGAAUCCUGGUCGACACCGAGAGCAACGUCAACGUACUGUACCUAGAGACCUUUACCAAGAUGGGGCUGACCCGAGAACAGCUCAGACCAGUGAACACCCCUCUCGCCGGCUUCACCGGGGACUCGGUGGAGGCGGAAGGGUCCAUCACUCUCCCUGUGGAGAUCGGCAGCUAUCCGGAUGUACAAAAAGCUGAGCAUGAAGUUUAUCGUGGUCGAUCUAGCUUGCUCACACAACGCCAUACUCGGCCGCCCGGGUUUGGAAGACCUCGGGGCCCUGAUCUCAAUCGAACAUCUAUGCCUAAAAUUUCGAACGCCGAGCGGAAUAGGAACGGUGCGUUGUGA